AUGAAACUCACCAGGCUAGCGGUGCUGAAUAACCUGGCAACCCUGGCUAUCGCCUGGCUUCCCACGACGGACAAGACUGUCACCUCCAGCAAUGGAACUGAUCUUUUCAAAGCCUCACAUGGAAAGAUUCGGGGCGUUAACUUGGGCACACAGUUUGUGUUUGAACCUUGGAUUGCUACGAUAGCCUGGUCUGAGUUAGGCUGUGAAGAACAACAAUCCGAAUUUGACUGUGUGAUGAAGCUGGGCCAGGAUGCAGCCAACAAAGCGUUCGCCCAGCAUUGGAACUCAUGGAUUACCAAGGAGGACAUCUAUGAGAUCCGUAGCUACGGUCUGAACACGAUUCGCAUCCCUGUCGGCUACUGGAUGAAUGAAGAUCUUAUCUAUAACGACAGCGAGCAUUUUCCACGGGGCGGAUUUGCGUACCUCGAGAAGCUGUGUGGGUGGGCUAGCGAUGCUGGUCUGUACAUCAUUAUUGACCUGCACGGGGCCCCUGGCGCGCAGGUUGCAAAGAACGCCUUCACGGGCCAGUUCGCCGAUACGCCUGGGUUCUAUGUGGAUUUUCAAUAUCAACGGGCGCUCGAGUUCCUCGAGUGGAUGGCGAUCAAGGUCCAUAUCUUGCCCAGUUUCCGGAACGUGGGAAUGUUGGAGGUCGUGAACGAGCCGGUGCAGAACCCCGAGGUCACGGCUACGUUGCGUUCCACCUAUUACCCUAAUGCUUUCCAUACCAUCCGCAGAGUGGAAGGAGCACUCGGCAUCGACAAAAAGGACUACCUACAUAUCCAGAUGAUGGACAGUGCCUGGGGUGCCGGGGAUCCGCACGAGCACCUGACGGAUGACUACUACGCGGCCUACGACAACCACCGCUAUCUCAAAUGGGAUCCUCACGUGGAGGUCUCCAAAGACAGCUACAUCAAGGCCUCGUGUAACGACAACGUGGCGAUCAACUGGCCUGCUAUUGUUGGUGAGUGGAGCUUAGGGGUCCCCGAUAACGUGCAGGAGACACCUGAAUGGGCGCCAUAUUCCAACCUGGACUUUUACAAGACGUGGUUUGCCGCGCAGGUGAGGAACUAUGAACAGCACCAGGGGUGGAUUUUCUGGACCUGGAAGACCCAGCUAGGCGAAUAUCGGUGGUCUUAUCGCGAUGGAGUCAAAGCGGGAGUGAUUCCGGCCGACCUCAACGCAGUGUUUCAGGAAGACGUGUGUAAAGGUCGAGGCGACCAGGUUUUGUAA